AUGGCCAGCACCGCUGCCGGUGUAGCCGUGGGCUCCUCGAUCGGCCACGCCAUCGGCGGCAUGUUCGGCGGCGGCUCGUCCGCGCCCGCCGAGCAGCCCGCCGCCCAGCAGCAGGUCAACACCCAGCAGAACAGCGAGUGGGGCAACAACUGCGCCGGCGCCACCCAGAGCUUCACGAAGUGCAUGGACGAGCACAACGGCAACAUGAGCAUCUGCAACUGGUACCUCGAGCAGCUCAAGGCCUGCCAGGCUGCCGCUAGCCAGUACUAG